AAUAUCUGCGCGACUCUUGGCCGGCCCUCUGUUUGCUGUGCAUUGUGCGUCUCGGGCCUGCUCAACCUGGGCCGACAGGGCAAGUAGAUGAUCGAGUACACGACUCUCGAUGAGGAUACAACAGCAUCCUCGCUUUUGUCCCUGGACGGAACCCUCGUCCUACUCGACCCAGCUGCAGGUGCCGACUUGCACUUUCCUCAUACAAUAGAGAAGCCUGACUUGAUCCUAUUGUCUCAUGCAGAUCUUGCGCACCUGGGCGGCUAUGUGUAUGGAUUUCGGCAUCUUGGCUGGCAUACUGUACCUUGCUAUGCGACACUGCCGACUGUCAAUCUUGGCCGCAUGGCCAUGUAUGACGCCCUAAAGACACUCGGUGAAGGUUUGACGGUUGCAGAUGUCAAUGCAGCUUUCGAUUGGAUCACAGCACUGCGGUAUUCUCAAGCAACUCAGUUGUCGGGUAAAUGCCAGGGCAUCAGCAUCACGGCCUACAAUGCUGGACACACCCUCGGCGGUAGCAUUUGGCGGAUUGUACGUGGUGCGGAUCGGAUUGUCUGGGCAGUGGAUUGGAAUCAUGCAAGAGAUGGUCAUCUCAAUGGAGCGGCUCUCUUUGUCAAUGGACAAGUGACAGAGGGUCUUGAGCGACCGUCUCUACUCAUCACAGAUGUGCGUAAUGCGGCUAAUCCAGCACUGCCGACACGAGUCAAGCGGCAAACAGCUCUUUUUGACAGUAUCAUGGCUACGCUAGCCAAUAGUGGGUCUGUCUUGAUACCGAUGGAUGCGUCUACACGCGCAAUUGAGCUUUGCGAGAUGCUGGAGUUACACUGGCGAACAACAGAACCUCCUAUACCCUUUCCCGUCUACUUCUUGAGCGGGAGUGCGACGAAAACAAUUGCAUACGUCAAGAGUAUGCUGGAGUGGAUGAGUGACAAGAUGAUCAGCACCUACGGUUCGAGCGGUGGCCUAUUCAAUCUCCAAUAUGUCAAGGUUGUCACGAGUGCUUCAGGCUUGCCACCUGGUCCGAAAGUGGUCUUGGCGACAUCGAGUGAUUUGGAGGGCGGAUAUGCUCAGAAACUUCUGCACACACAGCUAGCAGCGAGCUCCAACAAUUUGGUCUUGCUGACACAGAAAAGCACGUAUGGCAAGGAUACCCUCGCAGCAAAGUUGUUGGAAGUGUUUGAGAGCAGCUCCAACGAUGCAGCGCCAGGCAGCAUACCAGCUGCAGUCACGCUUGAUCUCAAAACGACUAUACUGACUCGGCAGAGUGUACCCUUAGAGGGCGAAGAGCUCAAAAUCUACAACACUGAGCAACAACGGAGACGAGAAGAGGAAGUCGCACGACUGGCGCUUGAGGAACGGAAUCGGAAUAUCAUUGACGCUGAGGAUUCAGAGUCCGAGGAUGAAGAUGAGCGUGCAGCACUCGCUGCUCAGGGUGUUUUGACACGCGCAAGCCAAACAAGCACAGCAAUGGCAUUGGGCUCUAGCUCUCUAUUGAGUGGAGCGACCUUUGAUAUGCUCCUCACUGACCGAGCAAAUAGUUCACUGCCAACACGACUCAAGACGUUUCCAUUUUUGGAGAAGCGCCGGCGGUUCGAUGAUUACGGCGAGGUGUUGCGUCCAGGAGAGUUCAAGCGCGCUGAUCUUGAUGAUGAUGAAGGCGAGCAGGUUGCUGUCCAGCAAGCGAGCAGGAAAGCAGGUCAAAAGAGGAAGUGGGGCGAGGUGAACAAGGUUGGCAGUGGACUAGCGCAUGACGAAGACGAGGAGCGACUUGCGCCUUCCAAACUUGUUUCGAAGGAGGAGGAAGUGCACUUGCAAUGCCGUGUGCGGUAUAUCGACAUGGAGGGGAUCCACGAUGGCAAGUCGUUGCGCAACAUCAUCGAGUCGGUCAAUCCUCGCAAGCUGGUCUUGAUAGCAGGGUCUGCCGAAGAGAAGGAUGCGAUGCGAGAAGCGUGCGAGCAGAUGCCUGCCAUGACAGAGGCGAUCCUCGUUCCUGCAGCUGGUCAAGCGGUCGAGGUGAGCUUGGAUGCAAAUGCAUUUGAAGUGCGCUUAUCAGAUACACUGGCGGCAUCUCUUCAAUGGCAAAAGCUCAGCACACACGAGGUGGCCCAUGUGACGGGCAAGCUACUGGAAUUAGCACCUGAAGCCCAACCUGGAGAUGUGCGCGUCCUGGAUGUCUUGACCGAUGCCGCUGAUCUUGCAAGUGCGCCUCGAAUUCAAUCGCUCUUCAUUGGAGAUGUGCGUCUGGCUGAUCUGAAGCGAGCUCUCUCUCUUCGUGGCCACGCUGCUGAGCUCCGCGGUGGUGGUGUCUUGCUGGUGGACGCGGAGGUGGCGGUGGAGAAGACUGCGAAGGGCGAGGUUGUGGUGCAGGGCCAUGCGUCUGCGCACUUUUUCGCGGUGCGUGAUGUGGUGUACGGUGCCCUUGCUCUGAUCCAGUGAGGCUCGCUGGCUGCCACCGGUUCGCAGGCCUGGUAUACAUACAUAUGCAACUACUGACUAUAAGACUACU